AUGGGAGCUAGAAAAAGCACAAGAAAGAAAGUCAGAAAGCCAGCAGUCCAAAAAAUAGAAACAAGAUUUGACUGCCCAGUAUGCAACCAUGAAAACGUGGUCCAAUGCAAGCUGGUUUCUAAAACUAAAAGAGGAAUGGUUUUCUGCAGUAUCUGUGAAUCACACUUCAGCUGUGAAGUAACGACCUUAGAUAAGCCGAUAGAUGUAUAUCAUACAUGGAUAGAUCAAAUCUCAAGUACAAAAAAGUGA